AUGUUUUUCUCCUUAUCCACAUUGACUGUUCUUCUGCCACUAAUAUCCCUGACCGGACUGUUUUACUCGGCGAGCACGGAUGAAAACUUUCCCCAAGGAUGCACGAGUACAAACAGCUUGUGCUUUUAUAGCCUGCUGUUGCCUGUGACAAUUCCCGUCUAUGUUUUCUUUUACCUUUGGAGGUGGAUGGGUAUCAAGCUGUUCAGACACAAUUAGACACAAAAAAGUUAAACACUGAUAUAACCACACAACGGACAAUUUUAAUCUGUCGGAAAGGACUGUGAACAGCGCUUGCUUGUAACUGUUUUUGUGUUCAAAGAUAUUCAAGAUACACCAUGAAAUGUAAUACAGAACAUGUAACUGGAAGUAAACAUUAAAACAAUGCAGAUGAUAAUAAACAAACUGCAAAUAACAAA